AUGGACAGCUCUCCCGCCUCGCCUUUGGCCCCCAGGGAUCCCAGCUCCCCUGAAUCUUCGAUCGGCGAACAAAUCGCCACUCUACAGGCCCAGCUUGCCGCUCUGCAGGCCUCGCAACCCGCCGCCGCCGCAGCCGCCGCACCCCCGGCCGUCACCGUCGUGCCGGGGAACGCCGCCACCGCAUCCAAGGUCGUGUUUCCCAAGCACGCUCGUCUGGACGGCCCCAAGUCGUUCACCAACUGGUUGCGUCAACUCCGUCUUGCACUCCCGAACCAGGUUCGUGGUUACGUUCUCGACGGUGUCGUUCCCCCGACCUGGACCGCCGACCAGCUUGCCGCACGUGACGACGCCGCCCGGGAAAUCAUCGUUGGCUCUAUCGACUCCGCCGACGUAUCGGCCACCCUCGACGCCAUCCCCAGCGACGACCUGUCGGCACCGCGCAUCUUUGCCGCUCUCAAGGCUCGUUUUGCACCGGACGACGCUACACGCACUCUCGAGUUGUUCGCUCGCCUUUGGGACUUCAGGAAGAUGCCUGCCUCCGUCGAGGCCUACGACACUUGGCUACGCGAGUACAUGUCGAUUGCUCAGGAAAUACGCGACGCCAAAACAUCGCUCAACGACGUGCUCGCCAUGGUCCCGUCUUGCCUCGACAGCUUCCGACUCACGUUCACGGACGAGCAGCGAAACCGACGCGACCUUCCCGAACUCACGACGCUUACGGACCGCAUUCGCAUCCAGCUUCGUUCGGCAGGACUCUCGACCUCGCAUUCGGCCAUGCUUGCCACCAGCUCCCCCUGCCCCGCCUGCCGCGCUCCCGGUCACCGCCUGCGCGACUGCACUUCACGUGCGAAGCACCCGCCCACCGGCCCCUGCCGCCGAUGCCACAAGAAAGGUCACUGGGCACUCGACUGCAAGAACCGGGGUGAACAGGCACGUAGCAGCGACGACACCCAGGACGACACGUCUUCCUCCGCGGCCUCGCAACCGAACGUCGGCUAUUUCGCCUCCUGCCUCUUCGCUCGUCGCCAACUCCCAACUGACGCCUUUGUAGUCGAUUCGGGUGCCACGACACACAUGGUCGCCGACCGAUCUCUAUUCACGACUUAUCGUCAGACGGCACACACCAAGAUCGGCGGCAUCGCGGGCGGCAUCACGGCUAUCGGCAUGGGGGACGUGGCAUUCGUCGCCAAGACUGGACACCCGAUCACGCUCCGUGGUGUUCUUCACACGCCUGGCCUACACGUCAACCUCCUCUCUGUCUCUCGCCUCUGCGACACCGACCGCGUUCGUCUCGCCUUCACCAGCAACGGCAUCGACAUCGCCAAGGACGGCCGGGCCAUUGCUCACGGUACCAGGGUCAACGACGGUCUUUACCUUUUGGACGCGGAUCACACCAAGUGUCAGCAUCUUGCCUUCCUCUCACGCUCUGAGUCUCCCGUGCCCCUGCUUACCCUACACCGCUGCCUCGGCCAUCUUGCCCCAUCCUCUAUACAGAAGAUGAUUGCUGCAGGUUUGCUGGACGGGUUUGGGGCCGGGUACAGUGACAAAGACGUAGAGGAGUUUGUUUGCAAUGCUUGCCUUGGUUCCAAAGGUCACCGCCUUCCCUUUCCCGACUCUGAGUCGCAUUCCGCCGAGAGACUUGGCCUCGUGCACAGCGACGUCCUGUCGUUCCCCACUACGUCCUUGACCGGGAAGCGCUACCUUGUCACGUUUCUAGACGACCACUCUCGCAAACUCUGGGCAUAUGCGAUCGAUCACAAAAGCGAUGUUUUCCCGACCUUCCAGACUUGGCUCGCCGAAGUGGAGUUAGAGACGAACGCGCGGUUGAGGAUCCUUCGAACCGACAAUGGCGGGGAGUACCGAUCAAACGCAUUCACGGAGUUCUGCAAAUCCAAGGGCAUUCGUCGUCAAUACUCUAUCCCUUACACGCCUCAACAAAACGGUCGCGCCGAACGUGUCAACCUCUCCAUCGUCGAGGGCGUCCUCGCUCUCCUUGCGGACGCCCGUCUGCCGGCCACCUUUUGGGAUGAAGCGGCUGCGUAUUUCGUUUAUUGCAAAAACAGGUGCUCACACUCAGCUUUGGCCAAACAGACUCCAGAAUCCGUUUGGAACGGCCAACGCACCACCGCCACCGCCCUCCACCCGUUCGGCUGCACAGCCUGGCUCACGGUCGCCCCGGACCUUCGCAGCAAGCUCGACCCCAAGGCCGCGCGCGUGAUCUUCACAGGUUACGACCUCGCCUCCAAAGCUUUCCGUUUCUUUGACCAUUCCAUCAACAAGAUUGUACUUGGUCGCAAUGCCACCUUCCUCGACGACGACUUCCCCGGCCUGCCAGUCACCACGCCCGUCGAUGCAGACGACACCGACCGUCAGUUCGUCGUUCCCGCCGACACGCCCGCCCCUGCCGUCAAGACGAGGACCCCACUAGUAAGGUCGGCGCACAUGGACGUCUCAUCCUCCCUUGAUGAUUCUGCCAUGAGCGCCGUUGACGUGGCCCCAGGGUACACUGGCGGAACCUUACUUAAUUCCACAGAUACCGAAUCGUCCUCGUCACCGUCGCCCACAAACCCUUUGUCACCGUCGCCUGCGCUGUCACCGUCGUUGGCAGCGUCAUCGUCACCCUCGGUCUCACCGACCGACUCUGACUACUCCGCCGACCCUCUGGACCUCAUCGGCUCACAGACCCCGACUCGCCUUGGCCCACCGGACGUGCACCGCCCAGACUUCAGCACGUACCGUGAGCCCGCAUCGGCUGAGGAGUCGCCCGACGAACUCGACAUCAUUGGGCGUCACUCGCGCGAUGAAUCGCCGGAUGAAAUCGAUUUCCUCACCCAACACCACCGCGCCUUCAUCGCCACAGACGACGACGACCCCACCCUCGACGCCAUCGAGCCCGUCAAAUCGAUCACUAGCGACCCCCAGACCUGGCGCGAAGCAAUGUCCAGCGACGAGCACAACAUCUGGGCUGAGGCCGCCGCCGCCGAGUUCACCGCCAUGCGCGACGACUUCAAGGUGUUCACCAUCGAGCCUCGCUCAUCUGUACCGCCGGGCGCCACCAUCGUCACCUCCAAAUUCGUCUGGAAGACCAAGCGCAACGCAAGCGGUGAAGUCACGGGGCGGAAGGCACGUCUUGUAGCGCAGGGUAACCGACAGCGCGACGGCAUCGACUUCUCAGAAACCUUCGCACCCGUCGCCCGUUUCUCCUCCAUUCGCUGCCUCCUGGCUCUUGCCGCUGCCAAUGGCUACCACGUUCAUCAGGCCGACAUCGACAAGGCUUACCUCCACGGCGAGCUCGAUCAUGAUAUCUGGAUGACGACACCACGCGGUUUCGACUUCCCGAGCGAUAAGGUUCUCCGGCUGCGACGCUCAAUCUACGGUCUCAAGCAGGCCGGUCGCAUCUGGAAUCGUCACAUUGACACAUCACUCAGGAAUCUGGGGUACAAGGCAACAGGCACUGAUCACUGCAUUUACUCUCGCAUUGACGAUCAGCAGCGGCCUCACUAUAUCGCCUUGUAUGUCGACGACCUCCUCAUUGUCAGUCCAGCCCUCGACGAGAUCGAACGUGUCAUCUCCGGCCUUGAACAGCGGUACGGCGUCAAACGACUCGGCCCCGCGGAGUACAUCCUCGGAAUCCAAAUACGCCGCCUGGACGACGGUUCCAUUGCUCUAUCCCAGGAGCGCUACAUCAUGGACGUGCUGGCCCGUUUCCACUUCGACACCACGACACGCGGCACUACGGUGCCGAUGACGCCCGGCCUCUCGCUCACGGCAAUUCCGGGUCAGGGAACGGAGCGCAUUCGUUCGUGGUACCUACAGGCCAUCGGCUCCCUCCUCUACAUCUCCCUUGGCACUCGACCCGACAUUGCCUUCGCCGUCUCGUACCUGUCCCGGUUCGCCAACAACCCCGGCCGCCGCCAUUGGAUUGCCGUCAAACACGUCCUUCGCUACCUUCGCGCCACGUACCGCGAUGAGCUUCUCUAUGCCCGCGGCCCAGCAAAAGUCACGGGUGUGGUUGGUUAUUCUGAUGCGAACUGGGGCGCCUGCGUCGACACAUCCAUUUCAACGAUGGGCUACGUAUUUUACUUGGCAGGCGCCGCUGUCUCUUGGUCGUCGAAGCGUCAGACUCGGGUAGCGGAUUCCACCACUGAUGCCGAGUACCUGGCCUUGUCGCACGCGGGUAAGGAAGCGAUCUACCUUAACCAACUCCUCUCCGAGCUCCACGUUUGCCCAAUCGCUGCAGCUCACAUCUUCACCGACAACGAGGCCGCGGCCGCCGUCGCUCACGACCCCGUUCGCACCUCCGGCACCCGGCACAUUCGCCUCCGCGAGCAUUUUGUCCGUGACAUGGUCAAUCGAGGUGAUAUCUCUCUCUCACACGUUGGCACAGCAGACAUGGUUGCGGACGUAUUCACCAAAGCGCUAGGCCCCAAGAUUUUUGGUACACAUUGCUAUGCUCUAGGCCUCCGGACGCGACAUCCACGGCUCAAGUCUACCUCGCGUUCGCGUGGGGGGGGUGUGAGGAAUCCACUCUCCGCUCGGCUCAGGACUUAGGCGCGCGGAGCGAACCGGGCGCGGACUUAGGCGCGCGGAGUGAGCCGGGCGCCCCGGCCCAGGACUUAGGCGCGCGAAGCGAGCCUGGGACUUAGGCGCGCGGAGCGAGCCUGGGCCAUUGGCUCAGCCCCAGGCUCGCUGGCUGUGGACUUGGGGCGCGCGGGUCUCUUAUUGUUAGCUUCCUAUUCAUCACUCUUGGCUAUAACUACAUCGCUGACGUAGUAGAGUUGAUCGAAUAGGUAUGUUGAAAUGCAUUCAUCACUCUUGGCUAUAACUACAUCGCUGACGUAGUAGAGUUGAUCGAAUAAGGCCCACCUGUGGAAGGAUCGGAACACGUGGUUUUCGCCAGCAUCGGGUGGGGUACCCGCCAGCAUGGCGUGUUUUAAUUGCGGUCAAGGUGGCCAUUUCUCACAGCAUUGUACAGCGGAGCGACAAUCCCCCUCGACCGUCCAAAUAUCAGCAAUUGCCUUCGCCGACAUGGACGAGGACGAAUGGUCGUCGGCCUCAGGUGACGUUGAGGACCCCCAGGUGCGAUUCCCCCUUCCCCUCGAGACUGAUUUGACUCAACCGUCGAGUUCCGCAUCCGCCUUAGUGACGCACCACUCUUGCCCUCCUGCAGACCUUGUUGGCCGAGUGAAAGACGUUGCCUCUUCUUCUUUUGAAGUUCAGACCUCAUCAAGUAGUUCGCAUCCAACCGUGCCGGCAAAUGAUGCAGAUCAACAUCGUUUCGACGAUAGCCUGGCUGACAUCGCGAUUGACGCGGUGGAAGAUGUCUUGUACUACGCUGAUGCCGCGUCGCGCUUGUGUCAUUAUCCGGGGCCGGAAGUGGUGUCGUCUCGCAAGGCGGAAAGGACUGCUUCGGUGAGCUCUUUCCAGAUUCUUGUGCCGUCGGGUGUGUCUCUCUUGGCGUCCGCUGCGCCCCUGAUCGACAUCGACGAACCCGACCGACCUGUCGAGCCCGCCAUUGUACGCGCCCGCAACGUCAUCGCUUGGACGCUACCUUCUGGAAGGGUUUUGCGAUGUUUGAUCGACUCUGGAUCAGAGGUCGACUUGGUGGAUCAGGAGGUGGUGCGAGUCGACCCGAGCUUCGCAACGGCCCGUUUGACUGCACCAUUGCACUUGCGCCUCGGCACCCAGGAUAAGUCCGACCGAUGUGCUGUGUUCGCCACCGCUCCUUUUUCGUCUGGCGCCCUAGAUCUCGGUUUGCGACCAUUCUUCGUUUGCCGUGUAACGGCGUACGACGCCAUCUUGGGGCUGCCAUUUCUUAAGGACACAGGCAUGCUCGUUGGUUGGGGCGUCUUCACCGUCGCGCGCACCGGCCCUUCGCAACCCGUCGCCCAGGAUACGCACGAAUGGGACCGAGCCGUCACCGUAGCACCUAUCUUAUCCAGUUCUGCCAUUGGCUGCAAUCACCCUGGGUUGCUUCCCGACGACGAGAUCAUCGGCCUCGAGCCACACAACCCGCUGCUCGAUGUCGUCGACGAUCCGGCGCUCGACGAUUUCUCUGAGUCCGAAGCACGAACACGAUUGGCUGCCUUACUCGAGAAAUUUUCUGAUGUGUUCGUAGAUUCGCUACCGAUGGACCAACUCCCACCGUACCGGCCAGUCAACCACGAGAUCCCGUUGAUCGAUCCCACCGAAAAGGUCAAACCCCGGGUAUACCCCCUUGCCGACAAAUAUCGCAGCCAGUGGGCGGAACACUCAGCUAAGUACACUCGUGGUCGAUUCUGGGUUUCGGGUCCGAUCGAUUCUGCGGCUCCGGUCUUUGCCAUUCCGAAGAAGAACUCCCAGACGGCUCGUUUCGUGAUCGACCUCCGCGCGCGCAACAGCAACACCGUCAAGCGUUUUUCGCCCAUCCCGGACAUGACCAAUGUUCCAUACGAGGUGGCUCGAUCGCGUUAUCGCUCUAAAUUCGACGUGGCCGCGGCAUUUGAGCAGGUUCGGGUCAUACCGGAGCACGUCGAUCGCACCGGCUUCGCAACGGUGACGGGCACGUACACGUCGCGGGUCAUGCAGUUUGGUGACACCAAUGCGCCCAAUACCCUCAACCUCUUGACCUCGGCGAUGUUCCAGCCGUGUCUCCCGUUCGCCAAGAUCUUUUUCGACGAUGUCCACGUCCAUUCCGAUACCCGUCGUGCGCACUUGAGACACAUCAAGAUCCUGCUGAUGACAUUGAGACAUUACCGGUUCUACUUAGGAUCCAAGAAGUCCGAGUGGUUCUCAAAGUCGUUGGACUCCUUGGGCACCAUCAUUUCUGACGUCGGCAUCGAAGUCGACCCCGCCAAGUGGGUGCGUAUCCGUCAGUGGCCGAUCCCUUGCAACAAGACCGAUGUCCAGCGCUUCCUCGGCACCGUCAACUGGAUGCGAGAUCACCUACCGCACCUCUCAAAGAUUUUGGAGCCGAUCACCGCGUUAAUGGCGCAAGCGACGUCAUGGCGUUGGAACGAGCGAGAACAGCAGGCUUUCGAUACCGUCAAGUCCCUUGUGCCCGCCAUCCUACGACCGAUCGAUGGCGCCAAGGUUACCUCGGGCGAGCACAAGAUGUACCUCUUCACGGAUGCCAGUCGGGUUGGCAUUGGCGCUUGUUUGGCAUCCGGGCCCAACCGUUCGCAGGCCGUUCCAACGCGAUUCUUUUCCGCUAAGUUCAACGGUGCUCAGCUCAACUAUCAUGUCACUGAUAAAGAGUUCUUGGCUGUCGUCUCGGCGUGUCGGGCGUUCGAGCAGCACUUGAUCGGUUACCCCUUCGUCAUUGUCACCGACCAUCAGGCCCUUCGCACGAUAAAAACCCAAAAACUGCGCCAAACGCCUCGGCACAUCCGCAUGUGUCUCGAACUCAGCCGUUUCGACUUCGAAUUUGAAUUCAUUGCUGGCAAGAACAACACCCUGGCCGAUUCGUUGUCGCGUCUGUGGGAGGUCAAGCAGGGUUCACACGAGGAUCAGGUCAAGGAGAAUGAGUUGGAGGACAUGUUCUUUGAUGGAGAACGCCACGAAUUCACUACACCCGGUGAGAGCCUCCCUGAGGAACGUCCUUGCACUUCACCAUCUCCCGAUCGGUUGCCUCCUGUUGAUUUUGCCCUCGGGCCCCAACACGACGAUUGCGAGGCAGGCUCUCCCGGAUACUACGUGCUCAAGGAGGAAUCGCAAGACGAGGACGUGAAUGGACAGGAAUUAGGGAAUUUGUUCUUGAAGGAAGAAUGCCACGAGUUCAUUACGCCCGGUGAGAGCCUCCUCGAGGAACGUCCUUACACCUCACCUUCGCACGAUCGGUUGCCCCCUGUUGAUUGCGCCUUCGGGCCCUGGGGUCACGGUUACGACGCAGGCUCUCCCGGUUCCCCUCAUCUGGCCGAGAACAUUAUGGACGCCGUCGAUUGGUCUAUCGGCCGCCUCUCUCCUCCCAUCGCUGUCAAUCGAGUUCACGCUAUUGCUACGGCCCCUGCCAACGACCCGCCCAUUCCGGUCGAUGCCGACGCCGACGAACUCGAUUUGUUGGGAGUUGCCACCGAUGAUGUCAACGACACCCCUGUAGUCCAUCGGCCGCCUGAUCCACUGCCCCAACCCUUCCUCGACACCGUCAUCCGAGCAUACGCCAACGAUUCGCAAGCCCAGGUCAUCAUUACCGACCCGCUAUCAUGGCCUAUGUUUCGGGUGACCGAGGAAGGGAGGAUUUUGCGUGUACAUCCAGAUGAGUCUAUUUCCUUGUUUGUGCCUCGUGGUCUCGCUACUGGCGUCGUCAACUCCGACAAGGUCCCAUCGCUGCGCGAGCUCGUGCUUUCGGAGAUUCAUCGAAGUGUCGGGCAUGCAGGACAUCGCAUCACCUUGGCCGCCAUCCGUCCUUUGUACUGGUGGUCGUCCAUGUCUGCCGAUUGCGCCGAGUUCUGCCGUUCAUGUGAAGACUGUACCCGAGGCAAGGCGUCCACUCAAGUCCCCUAUGGCCGACUGCAUCCGAUGCCGAUCCCUUCUGGUCCUUGGGAACAAGUGGCCAUCGACUUCAUGACAGGACUGCCUCCGGUCGAGCUCGAAGGGAUGAUGGUUGCUCAAAUCAUGGUGGUCACUGACACUUGGGGCAAGAUGGUCCACCUGAUUCCCCUCCCAGCCGAUGCCGACUCGGAGCUCGUUGCCGAGAAGUACUACGCCACCGUCUUCCGACUGCAUGGGAUGCCUUCCGCCAUCGUUUCCGACCGUGAUCCCAAGUUCACCUCGCAGUUUUGGCGGGCAUUGCAGGCAAAGAUUGGCACCGUCUUGCGAAUGUCAACCGCGGCACACCCGGAGACGGACGGAUCGAGCGAGAAUCGGAUCAAGAUGGUCACCCAAACCCUGCGGAUCAUGGUCUCGUCAAACCACGAGGCUUGGGCAUCUCGUCUUGUUGAAGCUGAGUUCGCUCUUAACUCUUCUGUUGCUGUGUCCACGUCGCUGUCGGCUUUUGAGGCAACCUACGGCUACCUUCCUCGAUGCUGGCCCUCGGAUUCCUGGUCUGUCUCGGACGUCCCUCGUGCGGAAGCGUUUGCUCGGAUCCGACAAUUACGGAACCUCGACGUGACAGAUGCGAUCAUUGGAGCACGCCUCAACCAGUCCCAUCAGGCCAACAAGCAUCGACGCCCAGACGACCCCGCCUUUCGGACCGGCAGUUACGUCUAUCUUUCGACAAAGAACCUGGCAGUUCCUGACGGCAUGAAGUCGAAGUUGUUGCCGCGCUACAUCGGCCCCUUCCGUAUCCGAGCGGCCAUCCCUGCGACGUCCAGCUACGACCUCGAGCUCCCUCCAGCGAUGUCGCGAGUGCACAAUCGUUUCCAUGCUCGACUGCUUCGGCCUUGCGUUGAGAAUGAUGCUGAAAGGUUUCCUGGGCGUGACCCCGCAGUUCUUUUUGUCGAAGACGUAGCCGACGCGGCCGACAAUUCUGUGAUUCCGGAACGGAUUGUUCGCGAUCGGCGGAACGCUCGGGGCGCUCGUUCGUUCUUGGUUCGAUGGGUAGGCCGUAACAACACCGACGAUACUUGGAUGUCAGAGCAGUCCAUUCGCCUUGACCAUCCGUCCGUCCUCGACGCCUACCUCGCGCGCCUCGAUCGCUCGAACCGCCGCCUCGCCGCACGGUAG